UGAAAUCGCCCCCUGGACAAAUCACACGAGCCUGUCAACCUCACCAGGUGGGAUUACUCGUAGCUAAUAGCCCGAACUCCCCGAGCAAACAGAGCUCUGCUCUCAUUAUAAAGAAAAGGCGACGGGCGGCGCAGGCUUUUCAAGAAUUCCCUAGGAUGGCUAAGCAGGGCUGCGUCCACUCGCACCAGGUUAUAUCCUUAUUCGCUUUUGCCUUCGGAGUAAAUGUCUGCAUGGGAUUUACAGCAAAUCGUUUUAGGAGGUCUGAAGAAUGGGAUGAGGGCCCGGUCUCAGUCCUGUCAGAUUCCCCCUGGAUCAGUACCUCUGGCUCCUGCAGAAACAGAUGCUUUGAACUUCAAGAGGCAGAGCCUCCUGGCUGCCGCUGUGACAACCUGUGCAAGAGCUACAACAGCUGCUGCUUCGACUUUGAUGAGCUGUGCUUAAAGACAGCUAGGGGCUGGGAGUGUACCAAAGAUCGCUGUGGAGAAACCAGGAAUGAUGACAAUGCUUGUCACUGCUCUGAAGACUGCUUAAGUAGAGGAGAUUGUUGUACUAAUUACCAAGUCAUUUGCAAAGGAGAAACCCACUGGGUGGAUGAUGACUGUGAAGAGAUGAAGGCUCCUGAAUGUCCAGCAGGCUUUGUUCGUCCUCCUUUGAUCAUCUUCUCUGUUGAUGGUUUCCGUGCAUCAUAUAUGAAGAAAGGGAACAAAGUCAUGCCCAACAUUGAAAAGCUGAGAUCUUGUGGAACUCAUUCUCCUUACAUGCGACCUGUCUACCCUACAAAAACCUUCCCCAACUUGUACACCCUUGCUACUGGACUCUAUCCGGAAUCACAUGGGAUUGUUGGCAAUUCGAUGUAUGACCCAGUGUUUGAUGCCAGCUUCAGUCUUCGAGGGCGAGAGAAAUUCAAUCACAGAUGGUGGGGAGGUCAACCAAUUUGGAUUACUGCAGCCAAGCAAGGGGUGAAAGCUGGCACGUUCUUCUGGUCUGUCGUCAUCCCCCAUGAGCGCAGAAUAUUAACAAUACUGCAGUGGCUAACCCUUCCAGACAAUGAAAGGCCUUAUGUUUAUGCUUUUUACUCUGAGCAACCAGAUGCUGCUGGCCACAGAUAUGGUCCUUUCAACUCAGAGAUGAUGGUGAAUCCCCUGAGAGAGAUUGACAAGACAGUAGGACAACUAAUGGAUGGACUGAAACAGCUGAAACUACAUCGAUGUGUCAAUGUUAUAUUUGUUGGUGACCAUGGGAUGGAAGACACUACUUGUGAAAGAACUGAAUUUUUAAGCAACUAUCUGACUAAUGUGGAUGAUAUAAUUUUGCUGCCUGGAUCUUUAGGGCGAAUUCGUCCUAGGUCUAGCAAUAACCUGAAGUAUGACCCUAAAGUGAUUGUUGCCAACCUUACAUGUAGAAAGCCAGACCAGCACUUCAAGCCUUACUUGAAGCAGCACUUGCCUAAACGCUUGCACUACGCUAACAACCGAAGAAUUGAGGAUGUCCAUUUACUGGUGGAUCGCAAAUGGCAUGUGGCAAGGAAAGCUGUGGAUGUUUACAAGAAACCAACAGGAAAAUGUUUCUUCCAUGGAGACCAUGGCUAUGACAACAAGAUAAACAGUAUGCAGACUGUCUUUAUAGGUUAUGGCCCUACCUUCAAGUACAAGACCAAAGUACCUCCUUUUGAAAAUAUUGAACUAUACAACGUCAUGUGUGAUCUGCUUGGAUUAAAGCCUGCUCCCAAUAAUGGCACCCAUGGAAGUUUAAAUCACCUGCUAAGAGCCAAUGUUUAUAAACCAACUGUGCCAGAUGAAGUUGCCAAGCCACUGUAUCCUGUAGCUCUACCUUCUGCAUCAGAUUUUGAUAUAGGAUGUACGUGUGAUGAUAAGAACAAGUUGGAUGAACUCAACAAACGUUUUCAUGUCAAGGGAACAGAAGAGAAGCAUCUUUUGUAUGGACGCCCUGCAGUACUGUACCGCACAAAAUACAACAUCUUGCAUCACCAUGACUUUGAAAGUGGCUAUAGUGAAACAUUCCUGAUGCCUCUCUGGACAUCCUACACUAUUUCCAAACAGGCAGAGGUAUCAGGUGUCCCAGAGCACCUGGCCAGCUGUGUGAGGCCUGAUCUCCGUAUUUCUCCAGGAAACAGCCAGAGCUGUGCAGCCUACAGAGGCGACAAACAGCUUUCCUAUGGCUUCCUUUUCCCUCCUCAAUUAAGUUCCUCUGCAGAAGCAAAGUAUGAUGCUUUUCUAAUAACAAAUAUAAUUCCAAUGUAUCCUGCCUUCAAAAAGGUAUGGAACUAUUUCCAAAGGGUUUUGGUGAAGAGAUAUGCCACUGAACGAAAUGGAGUCAAUGUUAUAAGUGGACCAAUCUUUGACUAUGACUAUGAUGGUUUACAUGACACACCUGACAAAAUAAAACAGUUUGUGGAAGGCAGUGCAAUCCCCGUUCCAACUCAUUACUAUGCCAUCAUAACCAGCUGCUUGGAUUUCACUCAGCCAGCUGAUAAGUGUGAUGGACCACUCUCUGUUCUCUCAUACAUCCUUCCCCACCGGCCUGACAAUGAUGAGAGCUGCAAUAGCUUAGAGGAUGAAUCGAAGUGGGUCGAAGAUCUUCUUAAGAUGCACACAGCGCGUGUGCGUGACAUCGAACAGCUCACAAGCUUGGAUUUCUUCCGAAAGACCAGUCGCAGCUACACAGAAAUCCUCUCCCUAAAGACAUACCUGCAUACGUUUGAAAGUGAAAUUUAGCUUUCUAACCUUACUCAGUGCAUCCUUUUAUCAACUGGUGUAUAUUUUUAUAUUGUUUUUAUAUUUAUUAAUUUGAAACCAAGACAUUAAAAAUAUUAGUAUUUUAAUCCUGUAUCAAAUCUUAAAUAUUAAACCUUUGUGUCAUUUGUUUUGUUUCUCUAAUGUUUAAUAUAGGUAUGUCUCUUGGUUUAUUUAGUAGCGCUUGUAAUACUGCAGUUUCAGUCCUUGCUCUGAACUUUUGAGUGGUGCUGCAAGAUUUGAUGCAUGCAUCAAGGAAAUAUUAAUUUCCUAUGCUCCUUUAUCACACUUGUAGUCCUGUACUGUGUAUCAAAAUACUGAACAUGUAAAAUUACGUUCAUUUACUGUUAACUGUGUGACAGACAUAUUUAAACCCUAUAGACAAAUAGCAUCUUAAAUAUAAUAAACCACACAUUCAGUUUU